CGGAGCGGGCGAACUCAACCACUCUGCCACGGGGCCGCCCCCUCUGUAUAUUUUUCUAAGUCUGUAGCUUUGUACAUUUUCAAAUAAGUCUGUGGCCCAGAAAUGGUGAGGAAUCACCCUUCUACAAGCUUUCUUGGUAACAUCAUCCUCGUUCACCUUGUACUUGAGGGAGAAGUGUGAGAAAUGAAACACAGUUUGACCUAACCCCCUAGCCACAGCUCUCUGCCGCUGAUACAGCUCUUUCAUUUCCUGGCUUGAGGACAGGUUGCUAGGUUGCCCUUCUGUGAGCUCUUGAGGGGACCUCUCCUCUGCUGGAUUUGGCAUCCCUGGCCCCAGAGAAGGAGCAACUCCAUGGAAACGGCAUGCAGGGCUGUCUGGAGUGAAUGGGCCAUGAAGCCCAGUGACUGGGAAACCUGUUCCAUUUUCCAUGAAUUCCGGUUCUUGGAGAGCAAGUCUUACUUCCCUUAUGUAGACUGUGGCUAGGAGGCCCCUUGUGGGACUUGUUCUUGACUCCUGAUGCUUGGAAGCAAGUGAACAAUCUGAUGCCCUUUGAGUGCUGUGUGGUUUGUCUUCAGCCUGCCAAGGUACUUUACCUGCACCUUUCUGCCUUCUUAUUUACAACCCCAAUACCUAGAGUUCCUUGGAGUAAACACUUCAAAUCUGGAGAUGAAGCACCUUCCAUAUGAGGACUGUGGCCUUUGUCUUGCAGAUGGAAUAGAGCUGCGGUGGUAGAGGGUAGAGGGUGUGAGAGGUAGAGAGAAGACUCAACUCAUACAAUCAGGGGUGACGCUAGCAGUAGCUGUUGGGUUUCCUUCAGACUCUUGCUUCUGCUCUCCAGUACCGUGACAUCUGACCCUGGGUCUUAGCAGAUUCUUGUUCUGUAUUUAAAUUGGCUUUAUCGGCAAAUUAGGGGAUCUGCAGUUGGACCUGGUGGGAGUGAGAUCAAAUAUGACAAAGGAUAGAUUUUAGAGCUCCAGCAAAAGAUAGUGAAAGGAAAUGGACUGUGUAAAGGUGCCUGGAUUGGGCCAUUAAAACAAAGCAAGGGGCUCUUCAUGCAAGGCUGGGAGGAGGAUUUGCUAAGAUGGCUUCAAUUGGAUACAGAGCAUCCCUUAUCUCUGGCCUCUUGUGUGGGAGUGUGUUCUAAUUCAUGGCUCUAAUGAGACCACAUUUUCCAAUUUCAACAAAGAAACCUUAAAAGCUUGAAGGUUAGGAGAUAAAGCUUUCAGUUGAAACAAUAAUAGCUGCCCUUUGCUCAUUGCCUCCUCUGUGCCAGGAACUUUCUAUCUGUUAUCUCACUUAAGCUUCUCAGCAACCCUGUUGAGACAAGCAUUUUUAUCCCAUUUUGUAGACAGGGAAACUGAGUUUCAUGGAAGUUAAGCAACUUGUAUAAGUCCACAUAACUUGUAAGUGGAGGCCCUGGGACUCCAGCCCAGGGCUGUCAGACUCCAGAGCCCAGGAACGGCUCUUCUCUGCUGUCUUCCAAAGAAGAAAUUUCAAAUGCACUCUGCAGACGACCCAGUGCUUUAGACUGAUUUCAGCCUUUAAAACAAUGUAGUUGUAAUCUUACCUUGAUUCUGAGAUUUCAUUUUAUUUUUAAUGAAACUACUAAUAUAUCUUAUGGAGCAACUAAUAUCCUGGGUACUAUGCUAAGUAUUUUAUAUACUUCAUCUCAUGUGACCUUCAUGACAAUCAUUUUACUGAUAAGGAUACUGAGGCUCAGAGAGGUGAAGAGACUUGGCCAGGGUCCCAAAACUAAGAAGUGGCAAAGUGAAAUUCACACCCAAGGCUGUCUGACUUCAGAGCCCGUGUCUUCAUGCUAUAACAGGCUGCAGCGGGGAAAACAAAUAUGGCCCUCAUUCUAAAUUGGCUCCUCUCUGUCAGCCACGGCUCUGUCUCCUCCCCACGGCCUGUGUCCCAGUGCCAUGCACCACUCAUGCUUGUAAGCCUCUGUGCCGUAAGCCUCUUCCUCAGUCUAGAAUGCCUGCCCUCCCUCCUCAACUUAAUGAGAGCCUACUGGUCAGUUAAGGAUCAAAUCAGAUGCUCCUCCUCAGAGAAAGUGUUUGAGCGCUCCCUGUCCCAGGUGGACUAAAUUGCUCUUGUCUUUCUGCUCUGACCUUGAUUAGUGCAUCUUUUAUUUUGCCUUCCAGUAUAGUUUAGCUCAUCGUUGACCUGUCUCCUCCACUAGGUUCCCAAGCCCUUCGGAGCAGGCACCAAGUACUGUUCACCUCUAGCUUCACAGGGACUUGCCCGCAGUGACUUAGUAGAUGAUCACUAUGUGUUUGCGAGCUGACCAAAGGACCAGCUGAGGGAUGCCCUGAAUGAAUGGGCGAAUGAGGGGCUGGAUCCUGGGGGAGUCACACAGGCUGUCCAUGUGGACUAGACUGGCCAGGGGAGGCUGGAAUCCCUGGGCUCACUUUACUAGGCUGUAAAUACGGCAGGCACAUCCUAGGAUAGCUGGGCUAACUGCUCGGGGCUGAUUCCAGGCCCAUUCUGUGGUCUCUACUUUGGAAUUCAUGUGAAGGGGCCAGACUGUCCGGAAUUGUUUCUAUGACACCUUUACAUUCAGAGAAGAAAGGCCUUUCCUGCCUCCCGUGUGGACACAGGAUUUGUUCCACCAUACCACUUCUUCCGCUUCUGGCUGGCUUGAGAGUGUUGUGCAGGAGCAUGUGCUCUGUGGAGAGAGAUGGUGAAGUCAGGAAGAAUCUUUUUUUUUUUUUUAAUACCUUUUAUCAAGGCCACCAUGCCAUGGAGUUCAAGCACUUUAUCUUGUUUUAUUUUAUUAAUCUUUGCAACAGCCUUUUGAGGUAGGUCCCUUGUCCUAUUUUGUAGCUGAAGGAAUGGAGACUGAGUUAAGUGUCUUACGUAAGGUCACACAGCUCAGCUAAGUGGUGGAGGCACAAUUCAGUUUCAGGUCUGUCUGCCCCCAAAGCCUGGCUUCUUGACAGAAAAAUACAUGGGAGAAAAGUGGACUCCCUCCUCCCCCAUUCAGUGGAAAGAAUUAGAUUUAUAAAAUGAUGAAUUAGGUGUUUAAGGUAAGGUGUUUCUAAGUUAUUGUUCACCUUUAAUCCCUGAGAAUGAUUGGCAAAAAUGGCAGAAGGAAUCAGGGAUGGAAAAGCACGAUUCCUCUAUCAAAUAUUAUCCUGAAUUCCCCCAUGUGAGCCCCCUGUGACAUGCACAGUAUGAGGAUGCCUAGAGAGCAUUUCACCUUGUCUGCUUAUUUUAUAACUGAGGUGGAUGAGGCUCCAAGAUGUCAGUGAAUUUCUAGAGGUCAUGCAGGAGGUUGAUAACAGAACCGGCAGUUGGAAUGCUGGUCUGCCAAAUCUUAGCCCAGUUUUCUUUCUGAGAAGUAAGCCUGCCUUAUGCAGUCAGUCAACACGUGUUUAUAGGUUUCUCAGAAAAGUGUGGGGAGGAAGUGGAACAUUAUUGCACUCUGAAAUAAAAGAGGGGACAGACAUUUCCUUCCCCACCCAUCCUUCUUUAGGUGCAGGUAAAACCUGGGGAAGAAGUCCCUUGCUAGGUGAGCUGGGGAAUGUUGGGGGCCCACAUGGCUUUGGGGGCCUGAGUGGAUCUGCCUCCUGCCUGGGGGCAAGGGAGACAUCUUCUUUGGCUCUGGAGAGAUGGAGGUGGCUGCUUGGGGCCCAGAAGUGCCCCAGAGGGAUGCAGGGAGUGGGCCUUUUGAGACUUUGCUCCUGACCAGUUCUCAGCUAAAGGGUCCCAGGCAGAGGGGCCCUCCCAGUCUCCUUCUGGCCAUGAGGGUUAAGGAAGUGAGGCUUCAGGCAAACAUGGAAUGCAGGGUGGGGGAGGGGUGAUGGCAGAGCACAGGAGCCUGAGCCUACAGCCCUCCACCAAGAGAGAGUGUGGCUCCAGGGAGGGCAGGGUUGUAAGGUCAGACUGUGGAGUCUUGGAUGGAGCAGGAGCAAGAAGCCAGAGAGGAGCCCGUGGGGGUGAUUCCGGGAGGAGAGGCACUUAGAGGCAGGUCCUGGGUGUGUCAGCCCAGGGAAGGCUGCAGUGGGCUUCCUGCAGUGCCUGCCUUCUACCCCUCCCUCGGGGACUCAGCCUGGGGCACCCCUUUGACCCUAUUGUCCCUGUUGAGCAGGCCAUCAACUGCAAGCAUAAUUACAGCCCCAAUACCCUCCUUCCCUCAGGACCACCCAGCCCAGGAUUCUGUGUGCAAACUCCGGGUCUGCAAUUCCUACCAGGCUACCUGUCAGUCAAGAUUUCCUUGCGUCUGCACGCAGUUGUCCUCAGCAUGGGGGAACAGGACCACUCUCCUGGGAAGGAGCUUCAGCACUGGAUACGAACAGAGGCUCCAGGAAAGAAAAGCUGGCACCCCCAGGCCUACGCCCUUGGGGCUGUUUCCAACUUUAUGUCUACUUUUCUGACCUUUCCUAUUUAUAAGGUUGUGUUCCGGCAACAGAUCCAUGCUGUGGCAGUAUCAGAGGCUGUACGACAGCUGUGGCAUGAAGGCCCUCAAUACUUCUACCGGGGAAUCUACCCACCCCUUCUCUCCAAGACAUUGCAAGGGACUCUGCUGUUUGGGACUUAUGACAGUCUGCUGUACUCUCUCUCCCCUGUUGGGCCACAUUCCCUGGGACACCGCUGGGCUGCAGGGCUCAUGUCUGGUGUGGUGGAGGCUGUGGCACUCAGCCCCUUUGAAAGGGUGCAGAAUGUGCUCCAGGAUGGUCGCAAGCAAGCUCGCUUCCCCAGCACCUUCAGCAUUCUCAAGGAAUUCAACUCUUAUGGGUUUUGGGGGCGGCUGUCUCUGGGCUACUAUCGUGGUUUCUGGCCUGUCCUUCUCAGGAACAGCCUGGGGAGUGCUCUGUAUUUCUCCUUCAAGGACCCCAUCCAGAAUGGCUUGGCACAGCAAGGCUUGCCUCAUUGGGUCCCUGCCUUGGUGUCUGGGAGUGUCAAUGGAACAAUCAUCUGCCUCGUUCUGUAUCCUCUGAUUGUGCUAGUUGCCAAUAUGCAGUCCCAAGUUGGCUGGCAGAGCAUGCCAAGCCUGUGGGCCUCUGCCCAGGACGUGUGGGACACUCGGGGCCGAAAGGUGUUCCUAAUCUACCGUGGAGGCUCCCUGGUCAUCCUAAGGUCCAGUGUGACAUGGGGCCUCACUACAGCUAUCCAUGACUUCCUGCAGAGGAAGUUUCAUUUCAGGAAAGAGGUGAAAGACUGACUAGCUACAGCAAAUGUGGCCAUGGCAACUUUGUUAUUCUAAGCUUUUCCAGGUUGGUCAUAGCUUACUUUUUUGGCUUGGUUACCUAAUACAACCAUUCUAUAGCAUUUUUGAACUAUCAGUGCACUAGAGAAGUUCCCAACUACCAGCCUAUUGGGCACAGACAAAGCCCAACAGGAUUCCUUGGUCAGAAAGAGAAAGUCACCCUAGUCUCUCCACAGCUUCAACAACCUCAGACUCACGUGGACUUUGAAUAACUUGUAACCUAGAUGAAAUGUCAUUCCUUUAAGGAAUCCCUUGACAAUAAGAGGAAACUUUAAAAGAUGACUUUAAUUGGGGCACUGUGAGUUCUGGGACCCCUCCAGUUGUCCUCUGGACUAAACCGAGUGGAGGACCAGGAACUCUCAUUUCAAAGGACUAAGCUUGAUUCUUAGGAUGGGGAUUCCAUAGAACUUCUCAGAUGGCUGCAUUUUCAUGGCAUUAUUCACUACUGCCCCCCAACUACUCUCACUUCUCAAGGCUGUGAGUCCUAGUUUCAAAGUGGCAAUUGUGGCUGGAAAUCCUAAAUUAGACUUGCCUCAACUCAUCAAGUGCCACAAGAACUGGUGGAGCUGGAGGUGGGAGUGGGAAGAGGUGUGGUCCCUGGAUGGAUAGAAAGAAUAGACUUUGAGGGAAGAGUGUAGUUGCAUGCAAAAUAGAAAAAUUUACUGUAGAUUGCUUGGUGUUAUCUGCUGGGACAUUUUUGAUAGCAAUGCGAUAACAUUUCCUAGAAACCACUUGAGUUUCCCUAAGAAAUCUGGAAGUAAAUGACCAUAUCUCUUCACAAAUAAUUGCAUAUUUUAUUGCUGUGAAUAAAUAUAGUUACUGUGACAUAAAAAGAUCAGAAAUCUUAGCCUGUCAUUCAGAGCCAUUCAAAAUAUGGUCCCUAUAUAACUUACAGCAUUUUAUACACCAUUGCCACUUAAAUAGAUCUCAUACACUGGCCAAACUGGACUAUUCUCUCCCCAAACAUGCCGCCAACUUUCCCAUGGCCUUGCUUUGGCCCACACUAUUCUCUCCAUCUGUAGUCUCCCUUCUCCACAUGCCAGUCUGCCUUCUAGUUCCUCAAAGCCCAGCUCAGGUGCCACCUUCUUUGUGGAACCUCUUCUGAUUUCCCACUGAAUGUGAUGUUAAUCUCUCCAAUAACACUUCAUACAUGGCACUGAUUCCAUUAUGUCACUGAUCUCAUGUGGCCCUGUGUUCUUCUUGGUGUUCUUCAAUACCUCCUACUAGAUUGUCAAACUCCUUGAAAGCAGGGAUUCUUAUACACAUUUUUAAAUCUCCCAUUGUGCCUAGGUGCUCAAUAAUGUUGGUUGAAUUAUUGAGUUGAUUGUCAAGCUGUGAUAUGGUCUUUAUCCUCAGGGUGCUGUCCCUUGUACAUGAAGAUACUGUUGACUCACUGUCAGCAAGACACAUGCCUUUGGGGUGUGAUUUUCUUUUAUUAGUGGAUUUAGUUUUGUGCUAAUGAUAAUGAUGCUGCUGCUGAUAAUAAUAACAGUAAUAAAAAUGACUUUAAACUGGAA